AUGUGGGGUGCCUUUGCAAAGCCACAGGUCACAGCAGCCAGGGUCCACAUUGGCCAAGUCAUCAUGUCCAUCCCUACCAAGCUGCAGAAAAAGGAGCAUGUGAUCGGGGCCCUAUGCAGGGCCAAGUUCAAGUUCCCUGGACACCAGAAGAUCCACAUCUCCAAGAAGUGGGGCUUUACUAAGUUCAAUGCAGAUGAAUUUGAAGACAUGGCAGCUGAAAAGUGGCUUAUCUUAGAUGGCUGUAGGGUCAAAUACAUCUCUAACUAUAGCCCCUCAGACAAAUGGAGGGCUCUGCACUCAUGAGAACCUUUGCACUACCCCCUUUUGUUGUAUU